AUGGCUGUGUUCCUCAGGGAUCCCUGGAUAGAGAAGAGCAUUGGCGAGCAGCUUCGAGGAUGGACAGGACCUGUGUCUGUGAAGCAACGCAUGUCAUUCAAUGCACAGAUGAUUGACGUGUAUGAAAAGCGAAGUGAUGGAUCGAUUAGCGUAUGCAUUUCUGAUGCAAAACAUUUUAUUGCAGCAGUACUAAGCUACGAAGCAGUUGAAGAGUUUAACAAGGAUGUAGCCUGUAGGAUUGAGGAUGUGAAAGGAUGUUAUGUGACUGUGGAUAUGUUCUGGUAUGAGUAUUGCAGUGAGAGAAAGAUGUUUUUUGCAUUUAUUCGAGAGUUUACAUACUGUGGAGGAGAAUGUGAUGUGUGGGGAGAGCCUACAGAUACGAAUAGUUCAGAACAGCUGAGAAGCCUACAUCUUUCAUGGAUUUAUUUGCCAUUCAGAACUGAGGAGUUAUAUAUCCAUAGAGCAGCAGUACAUGGGCUUGAUGAGAUAGCGACGAUGACUAGAUCAAACGAUGACUUCUGUGGAGAGCAAUGCGAAAGAUGCUUACUGUUGAUAAAUCAUCGGCAUUCUAGAGCGGAUGCACAAUGUGAGUUGGUCAACAUUAAGGAAUAUGCAUAUGUAGAUGAUGAUAUAAUUGAUAUGAAUGAACAAGUGCAUGAAGGUAUUGAAUGUGGAAUGGAAGGCAUGGCGCAUGAAUAUAUGGUGAAUACGAAUGUAGAGCAUAAUCAUACAAUUGACAUAAAUAUAGAGCAUAAUCAUACACUUGGCAUGAAUGUAGAUCAUAAAAAUAAGCAUAUAAAGAGUAGAAACAGUAAUGCAUUCGAAAAGUGCUUUAUUGACAUGUGUUCAGAUAGUGAUGAUGCGUUGGAUUCCUGGCAUACAUCAUGCAGUGCCAGUGAGGCAGAUCAUGUCCACAAAUGA